GGCAGCGGGUGGCGUCAAUGGCCGCGGCGGAGCCGGCGGCGCGAAAGCGGCGGCCGAAGGGCCACUUCGCGGCGGGGCGGGCCAAGCGGCCCCGCGGCAGCGGGCGGCAGCUGGAGGCCGGCAUGCGCGGCAUCCUCAUCACCUGCAACAUGAACGAGCGCAAGUGCGUGGGGGAGGCCUACAGCCUCCUCGGCGAGUACGGGGACCUGCUCUACGGGCCCGAGCAGUUUUCAGAUCAGGAGGAGCGACUGUCUGGAAGCGAGAGGGAGGAGGACGAGGACGAUGUUGAAGCUGCCCUGAAGAAGGAGGUGGGCCAGAUCCGCGCCUCCACCGAGCAGAAGCUGCGGCGCUUCCAGUCGGUGGAGAGUGGUGCCAACAACGUGGUCUUCAUCAGAACCCGGGGCAUAGAGCCUGAGGACCUGGUGCAUCACAUAUUAAAGGACAUGCAUGCCACCAAGAAGAAGAAAACACGAGUCAUCCUGCGCAUGCUGCCCAUCUCUGGCACUUGCAAGGCUUUUAUGGAGGAUAUGAAAAAAUACACAGAAACGUUUUUUGAGCCUUGGUUUAAGGCCCCUAAUAAGGGUACUUUCCAGAUUGUUUACAAAGCUCGUAAUAACAGUCAUAUGAGUAGGGAAGAAGUGAUCAAGGAACUGGCAGGAAUUGUGGGCAGCCUCAACCCAGAAAACAAAGUUGAUCUUAAUAACCCACAGUAUACAAUUGUGGUGGAAAUAAUAAAGAAUGUCUGUUGCUUAAGUGUGGUGAAAGACUAUGUCCUGUUCAGAAAGUACAACCUGCAGGAGGUGGUGAAGAGCAACAAAGAAGACACACAGCAAAACCCAUCAACUGUGACAGGAGAACAGAACUCAAAGGUAGAAAAAACAGAAACUGGGGAGGAGGAGGAAAAAGAAGCAAAAGAAGAGAGCAAGAAUCAAGGUGAAUUAGGAGCUGAGCCCAAGGGGAAUGAUGCACUGACUGCCUAGAAAAUGUGGUAGAAGGGAAAGGUAAACAUGGUCACAACCUAUUAAAACCAGUUUCCCUAGAGUUCUGAAAGGGUGUUUUAAAGAGGAGAGUGGGGUUUAUUUUGAAACCUUGUUUUUAAAAUCCACAUGUGUAAGAAUCCUGAUGUUCUGUGCAGGUGGACCUGACAUUACAGCAGAUGCAAGAGUGCUCAAGAGUGCAUCCUAACCUUUCCGGUGAAGCUUGCUGUCAUUCUUCUGUGGCUUUGUUCUGCACUGCCUUUACCUAGCACAAAAAGCAUGCAGAUGGAGCUGCUGCCAUUCUGACUUGGAUUGACUCUUUUUUUAUAUCUGAUGGCAAUAGAAACCAAAAGGCAGUGCAGAAUCAGCUCUAUCAGGAAGUACUGACAGAAGUGAGAGAUCUGAAGAAGACAGUUGAUUGCAGAGGGUUUUCAAGGAAGAGAACUGGUGUAACUCGAGGUGUAUUUUUCUGUGAACAAUGAAUAAGCUAAAACAGGUAACUUCCUGUAUGAUGGAGGGUUCUGUAUAUAUAUACACACAAACAUCAAUCUGCAAAGAGGUGCUAGUUCUUAAAAGUGAAUGGGAAGAACUGCUAUGAUCAAAUACUUGAAUACUAGGAGACAGUUUGGACGAAGAGAUUUGACUUCUGGAUCAGUAGAAGAACACUGCAGGCAGUUUUAGCUGAAACUACAGGUGUGUUUACAUCAGCUGUGCAUACAGCAGUUACUGGUUUAUAGGAAAUGCUAUAGUGACAAACCAGAAUCUUCUUGUGUAAUUACCUGCAAAUAGCCUUUUGCUGCUCUUUCCAAAGACUUCAUCCUUGGUGAGGUUUGUAAAGUUUAUUGGGUUUGUUUUUUUCCUUGGGUCUCAAAAUUUGAAUUAAGUACUGCUUGGAAACUUCUUGUGAAAGAAGCUCUCCAUUAUACUAUAAUGGACAAGGGGAUUUAAGUUUGUUUUUUGGUACAGUUUUAGCUUUACAGUAUUAAUUUUGUUCCAGGUCUGUCAGUUCGCUUUUGUUACAGCAGCUUUUUUGAUAUCACAGUGACUUCUAAAGGGCAGCCCAAACCAGUUCAGUUAUAACCUGCUUUCCAAUAGGGUUUUCAGUGUGCUUUCUGUACAACUGUCUAGCUUUAGUAUUUCAUUUCUAGCAUGAAAGCCUGUGGGUUAUUAAUGAGAAAAGACUCAUCUUGAAGAACACCUCUUGUUACUU